UUCGACGCCAUUUACAGGAGAGGUAAACAAGGGUUUACAAGUGUUCAUUUAUUUAUAAAUACAUGUCUGUCACUGUAUGUAGCAAUUUCAGAUAUUGUCAUAACUACGUAAGUGUGUUGAACGAGUGUUAGGCGUUACGUUUUAUCGAAUAAUUAUAUCCGUCGUGGAUAUUUAAAAAGGAGUAUACAGUGUAGAAUACUAACCAAAAACGUCACUGGAUGAGGAUAAGGGGAUAACGCACAUUUUUUUGUCGGAACUUGGUAAGCAAAUUAAUUCGGGAAGAGAGAUAUGGCAUUUAGGUAAACAUAUAUUGCCUGAUAUCUACCAAGAAGGAGGUAUUGUUGAAACUUCAGCAAAUAUUUAGCAAAAUAGUGUCAAGUGAUUAUGGACAUACUGCUCUUUGUCAACUGAGCAAUAAUGUAUCAGUGAGUUAGAAUUUAUCGUUUCAUCGGCAUUAUUUCAGCCAUAUAGCGACGAGUAAUGAAUGGAAGGAUCAAGAUCAUCAGCAAUACAUCACUUUUACAUAUUCCGUCAGCAAAAUAGUGUUUUUAUUACCUAUGGUGUCCAAACUGCAAGGUACAACUGUGAAGAUGGUGAAGGUGAUAAGCAACUGUGGGAACACUGGUUCACAUUAUGUGUUGAGUUUGUCAUGUUUUUACCCACAGGCUCAAAAUAUGAAAAAUAAAACUUGUCACCUUUGUGACAAUAUAGACUAUCACAUGCCAAUAAAAUAAUCAGCUCAACAGGACAUUUGGAUCUUACUUAGAUUCAGUUCAGAGCUCUGGUGAUUUAUCAGUCUCAUACCACUUUGGUCAUGUUACUUAGUCAGUUCCUUGUUUUUCCUCAAAUAUUUCAUAUUUAGUUGAUCCUGAAAAAGAAUAAUAUUCAAACAGGCAAGAUAUUAUAACAUGAAUUUGAUAAAACAAGCUGUGGGAGUAUAUACAUUGUAGUAAAGUAUUCGUUAAGAUAUUGAACAAAAUGUUAAAUAUAUGCUGCCGUUAUCAUGAUUAUGAAUUUUGGGGUAGAUUGUCAGUUUUGGAGGACGUGACAGUUCACACAAGACUUGAACCAUCCUUUCGGAUUAAUGCAAUUUAUUGGUUUUGAUUUUCAAAAACACAUCCCAGUAUAGAUUUGUGUGAAAUAAAUCAUUUCAGGGGGUUGUUGGAGUAUUUGGUUAGGUAUGGGGAAAUAAAUGGUCAGGGUUACAUCAACAUGAUCAACAACUGCGUCAUGUGAAGCAUGACGCCUUUCUGGAAACAAGACCCCCAAGGAUAUGUUAUCAUGGUUAUGGUCCUAGUUUCUAAAGCAGUUGUGCAGUAAGAAAAGGACCAGUGAUUGGAUAUAUCGUUUUCAAGAUUGUUGUCCAUCUCCAUUUUUGAUGGAUAUGGAUUUGUGCCACACAUUAGAAUGCACCAAAUUUUGGAAUUAACCUUCUCAACUUUGAGACUACUACUGUGUUGAUCCACCACUAAGAUAAAUGACAUGUUUGAUUGGACUGCUUUGUGCUUGACUGAUCUGUGCAUCUGAUGUCUGGGUUGGACAGAGACUGAACCUUAUCACCCCAUGUUAACAGUGAAGCAUGCCAACAUCAAGUGGAGAGGGAUCAAAGUUUGGUUUUGAUUUUGAAAAAAAAAGUAAAAAAGGAUUCAGAAAAAAGUAUUUGAAAAGAAUGUAAUUAGGUUAUUUCUUCAGGAUCAAAGACAGGAUGGCACAAACUGGAGAUGAUUGCUAUUUCUACUACUACUCUGCAUGUACAAAGGGAGCUAGUUGCCCAUUCCGACAUGUAGAGGCUGCUUUGGGAUGCGAGGUUAUGUGCACCCACUGGCAGGCAGGGAUCUGUACACGGCCAGGAUGCAAGUUCCGACAUAUGGAAAUCAAGGUUGACAGAAGCAAUAUCCCAUGCUACUGGGAGUCUCAGCCCUCAGGAUGUACCAAGGCACAUUGUGCUUUCAAACAUUUCAAGCAUAAGGAUCUGGACACAGUUCUUUCCAAAAGUUCUACAGACAUACUUGCACCUGGGGAAAACAAGACAGUGUUGUUACAGACUGCCCUCCUUGACACUGAUGUAAGGACCACUGCAUCUCAGCAGAACAGAGCUAGUCCAAAGAUUGAACCAGUGGUUGUUAACCCAUUUGAAGAUGAUUCUGAUGUGGAGAGUACGUCUGGGUCUCCUCAGAAGAAGGUUCUACAGUUGAAGAAGAAUAUUGUUAGAGUAUCAGCCCCAGUAACAAGCACGGCCUCUGUGAAGGUACAAUGCAAACCAGUUGCAAACAAUGUUGCACCUGCACUGAUGACAAAACCGACAGCAUUGAAGAGGAAGAUUAAGUUGAUUGAGAAUGAUGUCGCUCCUGCUGAUACUGUUGGACAAAAUGGUACAAGGCAUUCAGUCUCUGACACUGGUAAGUGUUUUUUUUUCUCACACUAUUGUACUCUCUCUUUUAUGCUUGACGGUUGAGUGGAAAGGAACUGU